CGUUGGUUAGAAUGUUGACGUUUUCGUUAAACUCGAACCUCAUACAGUCGGAAAUUCAUUAAAAAGAAGGAAGAGAGAGAAAAUAAUUCUUCAAAACUACGUUAAAAUGGCUAAAGUAGUGAAGAAUUUUGUGAUUCCACUGGUGAAAGACGAUCUUUUAACGUCGCAUGCUGGGCAGUAUUUCGUCAAGGAGAUUCUCCCUCUUCGGACGAUAUCACACGCUAUCGAUGUUACACGACCAGCAUUACAGGAGAACGGUGCGCAUUUUAUUCUGGAUCAUUACGAUUCAUUUUUCUCCAUUGUCAUUCACGGCAAUAAAGUAGAUCUCGACAUAUGUCUACGUGCAUUCACUAGAAUUCACAAGGCUGUGGCAAUACUUGUGGACGACCUGGAAAAAAUAUUUGAUCAUGGCAAGGAUAUUACAGAGGAAGAGGAGAGGGAAACGUAUCUAUGUAUUAACAAUAUGUUGGCGUAUUUAUUUUCGUGGUUCAUCUGUCAUAUAGAAGACCACGUAAAGAAUGCAAACGAGAUUAAUAUUGGAAAGCGUAAAAGGAGUAUGAAAUCGGAUAUUGAAGAAGAAUGGGAGCAGUCUAGGCAGAAAGCUUUGGAAAUUCUGUAUCGAUGGCUACAGUUGCCACUGUAUAAAAUUUGGAGACCACCUAUCGUCGACAAUUCAUUUGUCAUGACUUUGACGCAGAUAUGUUAUAAGAUAUUAGAACAGAGUAAGGAUGCCAAGCAAAAACAUAUGAGACAAACUAUAUUUGAGAUCCUAGGAACUUUCAUAAAAAAAUACAAUCAUGGAAUAACUUGCGUUGUGAGGAUUGUCCAGUUGGUGAAAUUGUACGAUGCGCUAGCGAUACCCAUAGCGACUGGCGUGGUACAUAUGGUCACCGAAUGCGGCUGCAACGGUUUGAUAAAAGAGGUGAUGAAUGAGAUCGGGCAGAGCGAAGUUAUGGAAGCAGAUAGUCGAAACACAUCCACCUUUCUCGAAAAUAUCGCGAUUUCAAAGCCCGAUCUGAUAAUUCCCAUCCUCGACGAAAUCACAGACUACCUAUCAAAUGAGUUCUAUACAAUGAGAAAUUGUGUGAUUGGAAUCUUGGGUGCUGUGGUGCAAAAAGCACUGACCGGCGAAGAUCUCACGGACGAACAGAAGGAGCAACGCGACGAAUGUCUGGACAAUUUGGAAGAGCACAUGUUGGAUUGCAAUGCUUAUGUGAGAUCGAAAGUGCUUCAGGUUUGGCAGCACUUGUGUCGCGAAGGCGCUGUGCCAUUAGCGAGACACGGCAAGCUUUUAGCUUGCACCGCGUUGCGACUAGAAGACAAGAGUGCGAAUGUCCGCAAACAGGCUCUUCAAUUGCUGCGUACUCUGUUGCAAAGUAAUCCUUUUGCCGGCAAGUUAAACUGUGUCGAACUUUCAAAUUCGCUGGAAAAGGAGACGGCAAAAUUGCAAGAGUUGCAAGCUCACAUCGUGAGUGCUAGUGAACGUGGUCACGAGGAAAGAUUUGAACUUUGGACUGUUUUACAGUACGAUAUAAAAGCAGCGAUAAAGAAGAUUCUAAGGAAUGAUGAAGCAGAAUAUAUAAAUGAUGUGGAACAAGAUGAAAAUAUCGAUCCAAAUCAUGCGUUCGAACACGUGAGACAAUUAUUAUUAACCCGAAAAGUCACUAAAGCAGUGACAUACCUGUGGAAGACGUUUACGAAAUUGGAGGGAGCUCCCGAGAUGGAAAAUCUUUCCGCUACAGCAAAGGAGGAAUGUUUAUUUGCCUUUUUGCUGAAGAUUUUCAUAGAAUCAGAGACUAAAUCGACAGAUAGAGACGACAAUGCGAACAACGCGUGCAAAUCUGAACAAGACGACAACAAGAGAGAGGAGAUAAGAUUGCGAAAACGCGUUAUAAAUUACUUAAAAAAUUGUCUGGAAUUUGCGACCGAGUUGGAGAAGGCGAUACCGAUGGCAGAAAAAUUGCUGUUCUCCACAUGCGCUGGAGACGCCGUCGAGUCGUGCACGUUUUUAGGAGUUGCUUUCCAAUUUGGAGUAACUGGAGCGGCCGACUCCAUGCGCGAGGCUCUGUUUCAAGUGUUUCAUCGCGAUCAAUCUGUGCGUAAUAACGUGGCCGUUGUGUACAAGGGAAUCUAUCUCGAUACAAAUAACGACAAACGAUCGCCCCGUCAAAUAGCCGUUGCCCGUGCGAAUCGUCUGAUCGAGUUGCUGAAGGAAUUGAAGCCUGGACAGAGCCAGGCUUUGACUUUGUUGAUUGUGACGUGGUACGAGAACAAUGAAUUAAACAGUGAAUUGCUGCAGGUCUUAUGGGAAAAGUUCUCCAUGAAGUAUCCGGACACAUCGCCAAUUGAUAGCAGAACCGCGUUAAUGAUAAUAACGAUGAUAGCUCAGGCGAAAUCUAACAUAGCAUCUGAUAAUCUGGACGUGUUAAUGAAGAUAGGAUUUGGUCCGCGCGCGAAAGACGAUCUUCUUUUAGCACGAGAUACUUGCAGAAUGCUGUUAAAAAUAAAACAAAGUAACAAAGAUGUCGAAAACUCACCUGUAAGGUAUCCUAACGAUCAUGAUCUGUUCAAAGAGAUCAUGAGAUUAUUAAUAGAUUUUUUUACCAGUACGGAAGAGAACGCUUAUAUUUCCUUCGCGACGGAUGCACUUAAUGCUAUAUAUCACUUAGCGAAUCAACCCGACAAGUUGAUAAACGAAUUGCUAUUGGACAUCACCGAGAAGGGUCAAUUAAUGAAUAAAGAUACGGAUCAAGUGUCAGAUGUGUCGAGCACUGUACUCUCUAGAUUGCUUUACAUAGUCGGACACGUUGCCAUCAAACAGUUAGUUCACCUGGACGUGUCUAUUUACAAGGAACUGAAGCGUAGGAAUAUGCUACGAGAGAUGCAGGGUAAGAAAAAGAAACGAUUACCGAGAAGCGCGCUUCCGACGCCAGAUGGUAAAGCUAGAUCGACGAAUACAUCGACCUCGUCAAACAUGCGACGAGGUUCUCGACGAGAAAAUUCGACGUUCACUGAGGAUAACGGAGAAGAAGCCUUAGAAGGUGCGAUGGACGACGCCGAGGCGGAGUUCGUGAGCGGCGCACUGGAACAUGAAAUUGUUACUGGGAAUGGCUUGCUCGUGAAAUUUGUUCCGCUGGUAUUGGAUGUAUGCCAGUAUCCCGACAAGUAUAACAACGAGGAUGUGCAAGCCGCAGGUUCACUCGCGCUCAGCAAAAUGAUGACAGUGAGCUCCGAGUUUUGCGAGCAAUCUUUGCAACUUUUAAUCACCAUAUUGGAGCGAUCGCCAUAUCCCGGGAUUCGAUCGAAUAUGCUGAUUGGAUUAAGCGAUCUCGCUACUAGAUUCCCCAAUCAAGUUGAACCGUGGUCCAAACACAUCUAUGGCAGACUUCGAGAUAAAGAUGUGAACGUGCGUAGGACGUGCGUUCGUAUGUUGUCGAGUCUGAUAAUGAGGGAAAUGAUACGCGUGAAGGGACAGGUUUCGGAAUUGGCUCUUUGCGUAAUCGAUGAGGACGAACAGAUACGACGGCACACGAAAGAAUUCUUUGUUCAGCUUGCUCAAAAAGGCAACGCUCUAUAUAAUAUAGUGCCUGAUAUAUUAUCGCGUUUAGCGGAUCCUCAGUUAAAUCUCGAUGAGAAAGAUUUCCAGGAAACCAUUAGAUACAUUCUCGGUUUAAUGCAGAAAGAGAAGCAAAUCGAUACCAUAAUUGAUAAGAUUUGCGCUAGAUUUAAGUUGGCCGCCACAGAGAGGCAGUGGCGUGAUCUUUCCUACUGCCUUUCGCUCUUGCAAUUCAGCGGAAAGAGUAUACAACGUCUCAUCGAAAGUUUACCACUAUUGAAGGAAAAAAUUCAUUAUAAACCAGUAUUAACAGCGUUACAAAAUAUAAUCGAACAGACAAAGAAAAAAGCGGAUGCAAAGGCUGUUUGUAUAGAAUUGGAAGAGAAGAUACAGGAACUUUUAGAGACCAAAGAAGAUAACGAGAUAGAUAGGCAUCUAAUGCCACCACCGUCAACCGCGCCGAGGAACAAGAGAAAUGUCCGUCGAAGCAGACGAUUUAAGAGCACGAGCGAUGAAGACGAAGAUAGCUCUGAGGAAGACGACUCUGAGGAAGAGGCAGAUAACAUAUUCGUUGUAAAAUUAAAAAAUAGAAAAGAAAAGUUAACCGAUAAUGAAAAGAAUUCUCACGCAAAAUCAUCUAUGAAAAAUGGAAAUAAUACCGAUGUCAGUGGAGCAGGUACUCCAGGUACUUCAAAACGCGGCAAAAGAAGAGAACGUGUAAAGGCGGUACCCAGCACCCCGUCACCGUCUCCAAAACGAACUAAAAAUAAAUCGGUGCGGGAAACUCCGACAAGGAGUUCAGGUCGAUUACGUAAAUAAUUUUUUACAUGUAAGAUUAAAACGUGAGGUUAAUAAAAAAUAUGACUUAUUUUAUAUGAAUUAAUUUGUUUUACGUAGUAACUGUAGUGCAGUAAUAGUAGUAAUAAUUACAAUGUAGUAUAGUAAUAGUUACAAAGUGAGUAUUAUUAAGCGUGUUGUACACAUUCAUUAAUUAUAAGUGAAUUAUAAGUUCAAAAUGUGUGCCUUUUAUACAUUUUCUAUUGUGUUACUAAAAUCUCAACAAGAAUAAAGUUUAAUCCAAAU